UCACCCACUUCCGCUCGACCCCGUGGUUUUUCUUUAAGUUGUACAAUCGUUGAAUCGGAGUUUAAAUCGAAACUUUUAACAGUCGGUCGAUCGAGUCCGUCGUCAUGUCGGUGCUGUGUGUGGUUGAACAGGCGAUCGAGUCCUGCAAAGCGGAACAAACCAGGAUCCACGACAGCAUUCAACUCUACAGGGAGUUAUUACUCGGUUUAGCACCGCAUCACACGUCGAGCCUUGAGGAGUCGGAACAUUCCGAUGCUGCAGCUACAGACACAGAUACCUCACCGGUGGAGAAGGAAGAUAUAGAACUGCUUGAGCAAGCUCUGGAGAAAGCUCUUCGAAUCCGCACCAGCUCAGGAGCCUCUGUAAAGGACCCAGGCGUAAACAAGCAAGCUCGGCCUCUAAAAGAUGUAUCGGGGUCAUCUGCGUCGUUUAAAGGAGGUCGAACAACCGUCAGAUCGACCUCUAAAUUGGCCAGUCUCGACAGAAAAGAGCUCAAAAAACCUGGAUCAUCAGACUCCUCCACACAAGGCUCCAGGCCCUCAGCCAGAAUCAAUCCUGGAAAGUCAACAAUCAAGCCAAACAAUAAAAGCACAAUCCAGAAGCAUCCUGUCUCGUCAGCCGAGGUUCUGCAUCACCAGGCAGCGAGGAAAUUGCAGCAGGCCGCUUCAGCCUUGGGCAGUCGCAUCUCAACCUCGCAGUCUAAAAACAGGACUAUUAAAAGCAGCGUGCUGAGCGCUGGUGACCCGGGCAAAGCUGCAGCUAUCUCCGCGCCUCCUUCAAAUAACACACUGCCUUUUCCACACACACCCGAGGCUGCGGCUCAUAGUUUGCUUGGACGCGACGGGUAUGUUUUCACACAGCGGGACUUUAAUAACGGUGCUUUGUCGGUCACGGACGGAACAGGUGCUCUGCUGUAAUCCCUCUGUGCAUUUGGCAGAAAAACGUCUGAGCAAAUCACAAAAUGGAAAUCUUUAAGGAACAAGCAAAACAGGUUGUGGGACAAAGUUGUCGCCCUACAGAGGAGUCCUGUGCCUGGGAGGAGUCACUUCAUGGAGAGAAUGAGAGAAACGUUCCCCGAGGAUUCGCCGUGUGGCAGCACAGAUCCGACCGGGGCCGACAAGCUGACUCAUCGAGGGCUCGACCUCACACACCACUGCCGGACGAAUAAGAUUCUGGCCAAACCAACCCCAGAAGCCACCGUAGUAAACGAGUUGGAAACACGGGAUCGAUGGAGGCCGGAGGGAGGUUGUCUCCCCCUGACUAUAACCUACACCACGGAGGCGGAGCUGCGAGAGGUGGAGACGCUGAGGAUGCGGGUGGCACUGCUGCAGCAGGAGAUGAGCCUUGAGCAGGCUCUGUCGGACACUCUGUCCCCUCAGCUGGUAUCUAUAGCACCAGGGCCGGGAUGUCCCAGCGCCAGUGUGCUCAGAGACAUGUACUCCCUGCUGGGUGAAGGAGGGGAGCGUUUCCCUGCCACAGUCCUGGACUGUGAGCCUGACUGACCACAGAACACACAGUAAAACACUGAGUUACCAGAUCAUGAGGUACUCUGUCCAUUCACAUUUAUGUACAUAAGAGACAUCAAAUAUUAUACACACCUCUGAGUAUAAUACAGGCCAGUGCAGUACAAGUUGGGCCAUGCCACUCUGACGCUGUCAAUAAAACCAGAACAUACUACACAUGUAUAGAUCACAUCUUAUUUUUCAUAUCAUAUCAUAUUUAUACUUCUCUAAAAUAGGAUUUAUUGCAGAACCAGUAUUUUGAUUUGCUUUAGAACAUGGGAAUUAAAUAAUGUGUGUCAUUAUUGUCAAGAAAUGUAAUUUGCUGUGACUAUUUAUUCAAUGUCUCAUUCUAUCAAAUAACUUGAAUGUCUGAAGACUUUAAUAGUUUCUAAUAUUUCCUUGUCUGACUGUGAAGAAGUGUACGUACAAUUUUGUCACUGUCCUAUUAAAAUCAUGUACAUAUCUCCAGAA